AAGUUGCUGAGUUAAUGUAGGAUUCUAUGAUUUGUAAGUGUUGUAACUCACUUAGCUUAGUUGUUGCAAAGCAGGAAAAACCCAGGAAUGCAGCCGCAUUGGAUUUCGGAGCAUUUUCUAAAGGCUUGAGAGAAUGACGUGGAAUUGACUUAAGUGAGGCUUAGUCAUUAGCUGAGGUUCAAACAAUUUAUGAACAAGGGUCAAGACCCUGAACUACUUCCUCUUGAUUAAGAAAUUGAAUGCACAUUCAUACAAAGAAGAAGAUAACAAAGAGCCCAAGGGGAAGUAGUAGAAAUGGAUGCCGAGCAAGAGGCUCAAGAGGGAGUCGCUCAAGGGGCACCAACCCUUGGGGGAGCAACUAUUAAUAAUGGGCAGAAUGUUGUUACUAUAGUUGAUGAUCGAGAUCGUGCCAUUAGGAAAUACACUCUCCCAUUCUUCCGUGAGCUCAACCUGGGCAUCACGAGACCAGAGAUUCAGGUUACACCGUUUGAGUUGAAGCCAGUUAUGUUCCAGAUGCUUCAAACUGUGGGCCAAUUUAAUGGGAUGCCAACUAAAGAUCCUCACCUUGAUCUUCGCUUAUUCAUGGAGGUGAGUGACUCUUUCAAGCUGCCCGGAGUUACGGAGGAUGCCCUGAGACUAAAAUUGUUUCCAUACUCCUUGAGAGACAGAGCAAGAGCUUGAUUGAACUCUUUAUCGUCAGAUUCAGUGACCACUUGGCAAGAGUUGACUGAGCGAUUCUUGAUGAAGUACUUUCCUCCCACUAAGAAUGCCAAGCUUUGCAAUGAGAUUACUUCAUUUCAGCAACUUGAUGAAGAAUCUUUAUAUGAGGCAUGGGAGCGGUUCAAUGAGUUGUUGAGAAAGUGUCCCCACCAUGGCAUUCCUCAUUGCAUCCAGAUGGAAACUUUCUAUAAUGUUCUUAAUGCUCACACUAGCAUGGUGGUGGAUGCUUCGACGAAUGAGGCUUUUCUAGCUAAGUCCUAUAAUGAGGCAUAUGAAAUUCUUGAGAGGAUCUCUAACAACAACUAUCAGUGGCCUACUAAUAGAGCACAUACAGAGGGAAAAGUGGCUGGGAUUCAUGAGGUUAAUGCACUCACUUCAUUGGCGGCCUAAGUUUCUUCUAUGUCGAAUAUUCUUAAGAACAUGAGUGUGGGUAUGAGUCUACAAAUGGGUCAACCAAGAAGAAAACUUGUAGAAGUUUGUUGUGUGUAUUACGGUGAUGGUCACACUUUUGAUAAUUGCCCUUCUAAUCCCGCGUCAGUUUGUUUCAUGGGAAAUCAAAAUAAGAGUAACCCACAAGCCAAUUCUUUCAACCAAGGAUGGGGGCAACACCAAAAUUUAUCAUGGAAUGGUUAAGGAGUUGGUCCUAGCUUAUAUGCUGAAUAGAUCCACCUACCCAUUGGGAUAUGCUCAACAAGUCUCACGACCAAGACCUCAACAAGCGACCAUACCUAGUUCUUUAGAGAGUUUAAUGAAAGAAUAUAUGGCUAAGAUUGAUGAUGUGUUUCAAAGCCAUAUUGUUUCUUUAAGAAACCUUGAGAUUCAAGUGGGGAAAUCAGCCAAUGAUUGCGGAGUUGACCCCAAGGUUCUUUACCAAGUGACACAGAAAAUCCAAGGUGGGAAGGUAGAGAACAGUGCAAGGCAAUCACUUUAAGGAACGGUAUGGACUUGGAGACAGCAAAUGAAAAUUUUGGGCAUGAGGGUGAGCCCUCUUCAAUCCAAAGUAACGAGAAAGCAAGAGAAAAUGUAGGAAUUUCAAGCUUGCCAAAACAUGCCUCUGCUCAGAAUGCUAUAGCAUCAAUAUCACAGCAAAGCUGCCUAGAAAUUAAAAAAUAUCAGCAACAACUACCAUUCCCACAUCAAUUUAAAAAACAGAAGCAAGAUGAUCAAUUCAAGAGACUUUUAGAUGUUUUGAAGAAGCUGCACAUUAGUAUUCCGCUUGUGGAGGCCUUAGAGAAAAUGCCCACUUAUGUGAAAUUUUUGAAGGAGUUCUUGACUAAGAAGAGAAGACUUGGGGAGUUUGAGACAGUUUCUUUGACUGAGAGUUGUAGUGCCAUUUUGACAAACAAGAUAUUUCCAAAGUUAAAAGAUCCAGGCAGCUUCACAAUUCCAAUUUCUAUUGGAGGCCAUGAUGUUGGAAGAGCUCUUUGUGACUUAGGGGCAAGCAUCAACUUGAUGCCUAUGUCUAUCUUCAAGAAGUUGGGUGGGGAAGCAAGACCUACCACGUUGACCUUGCAACUAGCAGACCGGUCCCUUACCCAUCCCGAAGGAAAAAUUGAAGAUGUUUUGGUGAAGGUAUACAAGUUCAUUUUUCUGGUGGACUUCAUUAUUCUAGGUUAUGACGAGGAUAGAGAGGUGCCAAUCAGUUUGGGGAGACCGUUCCUUGCCACAGGGAGAACUUUAAUUGAUGUUGAAAGGGGAGAGCUCACUAUGCGAGCUCAAGAUGAGCAAGUAACUUUCAAGGUGCUUAAUCCUAUACGUUCUCCGGAUGAGUUAGGGGAGUGUCUAGCCAUUGGUAUCAUAAAUUCUAGCAUGGAUGAAAAGUCACAAUUACAACGUAGCAAGAAAGCAAGGGAAAGACAAUGUCACACCCACAAAGACCCAAUGGAAAGAAAAGAAAGAGAAAUAAGCAUGAGAGAGAUAUUCAUCCCCAAAUUAUUCAAGUUGGGCAAUGGGUAUUUUUCUCUAAUUCGAAAGCCCAUUGCUAUCAAUAAAGGGAGAGUAUUCAGAUUGGGUUUCCAAUCAAAAGGCUUCUCAUGCAAUUUCCAGUUACAAAAAAAAAAAAAAGAUUUUUAUUGAUGCUUUUAAGUGUCGGUAAAUGCACAAAAAAACAUCUGCAAUAGUCUUGCUGAUGUAAAACUAAGUGAAAAGGAAUGAAAGAAAGGUCUUGGUCACUGGAUGACCAAAGAGACCAAAUGCCUUUAAUUAUAGAAGAAAGAGUUACAAGAAACAAAUAAUAGAAUACAACUGAAAGUAGUUAAAGAAUAACAACCCGAGCAACUAACUAACUAAUCAACUAUUCUAACAUCCCCCUCAAACUGACAGGCUUGGAAAGAAUAGUCAGUUUGGUACACAAAAUUGAGAACCGAAUUGCUAGGAGAUGCUUAGUGAGGAUAUCUGUAACUUGAUCUUCAUAGGAUACAUAUUGCACUGAGAGCUCUUUGGGAUGAACCAAGUCCUUUAUGAAAUGAAAAUCUAUUUCAAUUUGCUUGGUACGAGCAUGAAGGAUUGGAUUUGCAGCCAAGUGAGUUACUGAGAUUUUGUUACACCAAAUGAUUGGGGGUAAAGGAAGAACCAACUUCAACUCAGAGAAAAGUUGUCGAUACCAAAAUAGUUCAGCAACUGUAUUGGCAAGAGAUCUAUACUCAUAUCCGAUGCUACUUUUAGAGACAACCCGUUGUUUUGCUGAGGACCAAGACACUAGGCUAUCACCAAGAUAAACAAAAUAACCUCCAAUGUUGCGUCUAUCAUCUAGGUUGGAUGCCCAAUCUGCAUCGAUGAAGGCAGAAAAAGGAAGAGAGGAAGAUGCAGUGAGUGUGAUGCCAUGUGUUGGAGGGCCUUUUAGGUAUCGAAUGAUGCGUUUCACAGCGAGCCAAUCGGUAGAGGUAGGCUGAUGCAUAAAUUGACAAGCCUUGUUGAUUGCAAAGGCAAUAUCAGGUCUUGUCAUGGUGGCAUAUUGAAGAGAGCCAACUACACGACGAUAUUCUGUAGGAUCAUCAAGAAGUGAGCCAUCAAACUAUGAUAGAGGCUUUGCAACAACACUAGGUGUAGGAGCUGACUUCGAAGAAACCAUAUCUGUCAUGGAAAGUAUAUCUUGGAUAUAUUUUUGCUGACAUAGAUCAAUAUGACUAGAAGAUUAAGUAACCUCAAUGCCAAGGAAAUAAUGUAGCUGUCCAAAGUCACGAAGGGUAAACAUAUUAUUGAGUGUCUUGAUAAAAGCUUCGAUUUUUCCUCUGUGAUUGGCUGUAACUAUCAAAUCGUCAACAUAUACUAGGACAUAUAUCAUAAGAGUAUCAACAUGAAGAGAAAAUAACGAAUUGUCAGCCUUAGAACAAGUGAACCCCCAUUGAAAAAAGACUUUACUUAGCUUUGAAAACCAAGCCUAUGGGGCUUGCUUGAGGCCAUAAAGUGCUUUCUUAAGUUUGCACACAUAUGGGGGGUUGUUGGAGUCUAAGAAGCAUGAAAGUUGGUUCAUAUACACAUGUUCUUCAAGGUCACCAUUUAGAAACGCAUUAUGCACAUCAAUUUGCCUAAGAAUCCAACCUCUUAACAGUGCUAUGGUGAGAACCACUCAGAUUGUACCUGUUUUUUACAACAUGGGAGAAAGUGUCAAAGUAGUCUACCCCUUGAGUUUGAGUGAAGUAAUGCGCAACAAGUCUUGCUUUGUGCCUAUCAAUUAUGCCAUCUAGUUUGUACUUGAGCUAAACAUCCAUUUACAAUCUAUGACAUUAUGACCAAGCGGUGGUGGUACAAGAGUCCAUAUGCAAUUGCGCCGAAGAGCGCUUAACUCAGAUUCCAUAGCAAGUUUCCAAUGCGAAAUAGUUAGGGCCUGCCUGUAUGAUUUUGGAGGAAAAUUGAUGUCAUUGUGUUGGUGAGCAACAUAGGCCUUUGGGGCUUGUGAAUGCCACACUUCGCCCUAGUCAUCAUUGGAUGAGUGUUGCCACGAGAAAGAACUUACAUAGGUAGCUGAUCAAUAACAUUAGUAUGCUCAACAUUAGAGGGAGAAGGGACCGAGUGGAGUGGGGAAAUGAUAUGAAAUAGAGGGUGAGGGAGAAGUAGAAGGAGAUGAUGAGAAAGAAGAUGAUAAGGGUGAGGGAAGAGGAGCGGGAGAAGAUGAAUUGGGAGAAUGUGAGGAUGAAGUAGACCGGGAGGAAGUGAUAGGAGGAGAAUGGGGUGCUGAUGGAUCAACUGAGAAGGGAAGUAUAGCUGGAGUUAUUGGAGUUGGAGUGUAAGAUUGUGAUGUUAUAGAAUUAUGAGAGAUAUUGGAGAAUGUGAGAAAAGAAUUUUCAUCAAAAAUGACAUGCCUUGAAAUAUAGAUCCUAUGAGUGAUUCGUUCUAAGCAUAAAUAACCCUUAUGAUUUGUGCUAUAACCAAGAUAUAUACAGGAGACAGAUCUAUAUUAUAGCUUAUUGGCAUUAUAAGGACAAAGACAAGGGAAACAUAGGAAACCAAAUGUACUAAGUAAUGAGUAAUCUAGUGUUUUGUUAUAAAGACACUGAAAUGGAGAUUUAAGUCGUAAUACCUUUGUGGGAAGUCUAUUGAUUGUAUAGAAAAUAGCUUGAAAAGCAUAAAGCCAAUAUUGUAAUGGAAUAGAAGCAUGAGCAAGGAGGGCUAAGCCUAUUUCGACAAUAUGGCGGGGUUUACGUUCCACAUGCCCAUUUUGGGUAGAGGUAUAGGGACAAGAAAAUCUGUGAGAUAUACCACAUGAGUUGAGGAAGGGAAGACAUGAUUUGAACUCACCACCAUUAUUAGACUGAAUCUCAUUUAUAGUGGUGUCAAAUUUGUUUUCAGUGAGAAAUUUGAAUUUUUUGAAAGUAUUGAGAGCUUGAUCUUUUGCAUGAAGAGGAUAAAGCCAACAAAAUCUAGAAAAGUCAUCUAAGAACAAGAUAAAGUAACGUGACCCAUCUGUGGCAUGAGUUGGUGAAGGACCCCAAAGGUAUGUACGAAUGAGCUACAAGGGUCAUGUAGCAUGAGUAUCAGAUAGAGAAAAGGGAGCCUAUGGCUUUUUGCACAUUGACAAGAUGGACAACCAAUAUAUUUAUUCUUAUUAUAUGAAAGUGAAAAAUUACAUUGCUUGAGGACAUUAUUGACUAUGUCUGAGUAUACAUGACCCAACAUGCCAAAUAGCUGUAGGUGGAUGAGUUACAGUAUGAAAUUGAACAUGAAAAGCAAAACAUGAAAAUGGUUGAAGGACAGUCGUGUGAAAGGCUUGCUUGGAGGCAGGAGAAUUGGUUGAAGCUUUGAGAGAAUUGGCUACUUGAAGGGUGUAGAGACUCUGAUCAAGGGUACCUUGAUGUAACAUCUUCUUCGAUUGGAGGUCCUUAAUGUGGUAGAUAUUGGAAUAGAAUUCAAUGGACACAUUGUUUUCAAGACAAAAUUUGGAAGCAGAGAGAAAGUUAGUAGACAAUUAAGGAACAUGAUAAACAUUGUGUAAAUGAAAAGUAUGGGAAGAAGUUGGUAAAGAGGAACGACCAAACGAGAGAUAUGAAGAGUAUUACCAUUUCCAACUAUGACAGAGUUAGAUCCAUUGUAGAAUGAGUGGUAAUCAAGAUUGCUAGAAUUGGGAGUAAGAUGGUAAGAAGCACCGAAGUCGAUCAACCAAGAAUCAUCAACUACCGUAGUAGAGUUAGCAAUCAUAUAAGAAAUAAGUGAUGAUGAUGUCGGGGUCGAAGCAUUCGAAGCAGGAAGAUUGGGGUCAAAGCACCUAUAACAAUUGUAUGCAUUGUGACCUGGCCGAAGGCAUAGCUGGCAAGUAAUUCUUGAACUAGAGUUUGUGUUCCUGCCAGAAAUAGAACAACAAGAAGCAUGGUUGUUGGCACCAUUAAUGGAGUAAUUUCCUUGAGUAGGAGGUGGGCGAUUCUAGUUGCGAUGUGGAGGUUGAUGAUAAACAACAUUUGCACCAAUCAGAUCCGUUUUGUUGAUGGAAUUCUGUUGCUCAAGGCAAGACUCAUGAGCAAGGAGUAGAAUUGUGACAUGUUUGAAGGUGAUACCUUUGGAUUUCGAAGUGACUGAGACUACAAAGGAGUUGUAAUUGGCACUAAGGCCAGCAAGAAGAUAUAGUACUUGAUCUCGAUCGGAGACUCGUUCUGAAACCAUAGCAAGUUGGUUUGUGAGACUCUUGACCUUGAGAAUGUAAUCCAUCAUUGCAAGUACCCCUUUCUUGAUCGUUUGCAGUUGUAGACGAAGUUUCAUAAUCGAGCGUUGGAGGUGGAUGAAUAGAUCUAUUGGAGGGCAGUCCAGGUAGCAACACUUGUUGUAUGACCCACAAUUUGACAUUAUCUGUGGGGUAAGGGAGGAGUAGAUCCAACUGAGAAUUAGUCAAUCUUUCCGACUCCAAUUAGUGAAGUCGGGAUUGAGAGUAGUGGAUUCUCUGAUCUGUUGAGGAGGGGCAAUGUUGGUUCCAUCAAGAAAGUCUUCGAUGCCAUUGGCCACUAUGACAUUUUCCAUUUGGGCUCGCUAUAAGAGGAAGUUGGAGCGAUCAAGUUUGACUAGAAGUGUGUGAUUCAAGGCUUGGGAGAGAGCCAUGAAUUGUUGUUGUUGAACUGUAAGAGCAGAAAAAGAAGAAGAUGGAGUUGGGGAUGGCAGGGUUGUGGACUGAGCAGGUGGAGCAGAAUCUUGAGAGGUGGUGGUGUUGUCUGCCAUUAGAGUAGCUCAGAGAAAGGAAGCAAGAAUGGAAACAAGAUAGGAUCUUGGGGCUUCUAAUACCAUGUAAAGCUAAGUGAAAAGAAAUGGAAAAAAGGUCUUGGUCACUGAAUGACCUAAUAGACCAGAUGACUUUAUUUAUAGAAGAAAAAGUUACAAGAAACAAAUAACAGAAUACCACUAAAAGUAGUUAAAGAAUAACAACUCAAGCAACUAACUAACUAAUCAGCUAUUCUAACAACCGACACCAAAAAGCAUCGGCAAUAGUUUUGCCAACGCCAAAAAGCGUUAGUCACAACAUCAAUAUUUUUUUUUUGGGAAAAAUACUUACUGACGUUGCCAACGCUUUAAAGCGUCAGUUUUUC